GGGGGAUGGACUGGGCUGGCUUCCGUCGGGGGAGCGAAGGCUGUUUCUUCCCGGGGUUGGUGGAAGAUGGGCCUUUGGCGAGGAGGCUGGCAUUAGUGAAGCGCGCCGGGCACCAAGGAAAAAACUACUUUUAAUGAAGUACACCAUCCAUUGUGAAAGUGGAAGAGUAAAGAUUAUUCAUCAUGCCUGCCGUGGCUUCAGUUCCUAAAGAACUCUACCUCAGUACUUCACUAAAAGACCUCAAUAAGAAGACAGAAGUUAAACCAGAAAAAACAAGCACUAAGAAUUAUGUACAGAGUGCCCUGAAGAUCUUCAAGACAGCAGAAGAAAGCAGAUCAGAUCGUGAUGAGGAAAGGGCCUAUGUACUAUAUAUGAAAUAUGUGACUGUUUAUAAUCUUAUCAAAAAAAGGCCUGAUUUCAAGGAACAGCAGGACUACAUUCAUUCAAUACUUGGACCUGCAAACAUCAAAAAAGCUAUUGAAGAAGCUGAAAGACUUUCUGAAAGCCUUAAACUCAGAUAUGAAGAAGCCAAAAUUCGGAAAAAACUUGAAGAAAAGGACAGACAAGAGGAAGAGCAACUGCAGAGACAGAAAAGACAGGAAGCAGGAAGAGAGGAUGGUGGCACGUCAGCUAAGAGUUCUUUGGAAAAUGUAUUGGAUUCCAAAGACAAAACCCAAAAGGUAAAUGGUGAAAAGAAUGAAAAAAAUGAGACCACAGAAAAAGGAUCAAUUACAGCAAAGGAGCUAUACACGAUGAUGAUGGAUGAAAACAUCAGCUUGAUUAUAAUGGAUGCUCGAAGAAUGCAAGAUUAUCAGGAUUCCCAUAUUUCAAAUUCUCACAGUGUUCCUGAGGAAGCCAUCAGUCCAGGAGACACUGCUAGUCGGAUUGAAGCCAGCCUCCCAGAUGACUCUAAAGACAUGUGGAAGAAGAGGGGAAAUGUGGAGUAUGUGGUACUUCUUGACUGGUUUAGUUCUGCAAAAGAUUUACAAGUUGGAACAACUCUACGGAGUCUGAAAGAUGCACUUUUCAAGUGGGAAAGUAAAACUGUCCUGCGCAAUGAGCCUUUGGUUUUAGAAGGAGGCUAUGAAAACUGGCUCCUUUGUUAUCCCCAGUAUACAACAAAUGCUAAAGUCACUCCACCCUCACGAGGCAAGACUGAAGAGGUGUCUAUCUCAUUGAAUUUUACUUAUCCCUCAUUGGAAGAACCAGUUCCUUCUAAAUCUGCACAAAUGCCACCUCCUUCUAUAGAAGCAGAUGAAAAUAUAGAAUUGAUAAACGAUCAAGAUGAGAGAAUGAGACCAUUGACUCUAUCAGCUCCAUUUGAACCAAUUGCUACUUCUAAGGUUGAUGUUUGGUCACCCAUAAGUCAGCCAGUGCCUAUUGUAAAGAAUUUUCCACAGAUUGAUCGUACUAAAAAACCAGCAGUCAAAUUGCCUGAAGAUCAUAGAAUAAAAUCUGAAAGUACAGAUCAUGAGCAACAGUCUCCUCAGAAUGGAAAAGUUCCUGAUCGUUCCACAAAGCCAGUACUUCCCCCUCCAGCUGCCAUGUUAACAGAUGAAGAAAAAGCUCGUAUUCAUGCAGAAACUGCUCUUUUAAUGGAGAAAAACAAACAAGAAAAAGAACUUCGAGAAAGACAGCAAGAGGAACAGAAAGAGAAACUGAGGAGAGAAGAACAGGAACAAAAAGCCAGAAAGAAACAGGAAGCUGAAGAAAAUGAAAUCACAGAGAAGCAACAAAAAGCAAAAGAAGAAAUGGAAAAGAGAGAAACUGAACAAGCCAAGAAAGAAGAUAAAGAAACCUCAGCAAAGAGGGGCAGAGAAAUGACAGGAGUAAAAAGACAAUGUAAAAGUGAACAUGAAACUACUGAUGCCAAGAAAUCUGUGGAUGAUAAGGGGAAAAGGUGUCCAACCCCUGAAGUACAAAAAAAGUCAAUGGGCGAUGUGCCCCCUGCCUCCGUGGCAGGAGAUUCAAGUUCAGGCAAGGCUCGAGAGCCUUUGACAAGAGCACGAAGUGAAGAAAUGGGGAGGAUCGUACCAGGACUGCCUUUAGGCUGGGUCAAGUUUCUUGACCCAAUCACUGGAACUUUUCGUUAUUAUCAUUCACCCUCCAACACUGUUCAUAUGUAUCCACCGGAAAUGGCUCCUUCAUCUGCUCCUCCUUCCACCCCUCCAACUCACAAAGCCAAGCCACAAAUUCCAGCUGAGCGGGAUAGGGAACCGUCCAAACUGAAACGCUCCUACUCCUCCCCAGAUAUAACCCAGGCCAUACAAGAGGAAGAGAAGAGGAAGCCAACAGUAACUCCAGCAGUUAAUCGGGAAAACAAGCCCACAUGCUACCCUAAAGCUGAGAUCACAAGGCUUUCUGCUUCUCAGAUUCGAAACCUCAAUCCUGUGUUUGGAGGAUCUGGACCAGCCCUCACCGGGCUUCGUAAUUUAGGAAAUACCUGUUACAUGAACUCAAUACUGCAGUGCCUAUGUAAUGCUCCACAUUUGGCUGAUUAUUUCAACCGAAACUGUUACCAAGAUGAUAUUAAUAGAUCAAAUUUGUUGGGGCAUAAAGGUGAAGUGGCAGAAGAAUUUGGCAUCAUCAUGAAAGCACUGUGGACAGGACAGUACAGGUAUAUCAGUCCCAAGGACUUUAAAACCACCAUUGGGAAGAUCAAUGACCAGUUUGCAGGAUACAGCCAGCAAGAUUCACAAGAGUUGCUUCUAUUCCUAAUGGAUGGUCUCCAUGAAGAUCUAAAUAAAGCUGAUAAUCGGAAGAGACAUAAAGAAGAAAAUAAUGAUCAUCUUGACGACUUUAAAGCAGCAGAAUACGCUUGGCAGAAACACAAGCAGCUCAAUGAAUCUAUCAUUGUUGCACUUUUUCAGGGUCAAUUCAAAUCCACAGUACAGUGCCUCACCUGUCACAAAAAGUCCAGGACAUUUGAGGCCUUCAUGUACUUGUCUCUACCAUUAGCAUCCACAAGUAAAUGUACAUUACAGGAUUGCCUUAGGUUAUUUUCCAAAGAAGAAAAGCUCACAGAUAAUAACAGGUUUUACUGCAGUCAUUGCAGAGCCCGAAGGGAUUCUCUAAAAAAGAUAGAAAUCUGGAAGUUGCCACCUGUGCUUUUAGUGCAUCUGAAACGUUUUUCCUAUGAUGGUAGAUGGAAACAAAAAUUGCAGACAUCUGUGGACUUUCCCUUAGAAAAUCUUGAUUUGUCUCAGUAUGUUAUUGGUCCAAAGAACAGUUUGAAGAAAUACAACUUGUUUUCUGUUUCAAAUCACUACGGCGGGCUGGAUGGAGGCCACUACACUGCCUAUUGUAAAAAUGCAGCAAGACAGCGGUGGUUUAAAUUUGACGAUCAUGAAGUUUCUGAUAUCUCCGUUUCUUCUGUGAAAUCUUCAGCAGCUUAUAUCCUCUUUUAUACUUCCUUGGGACCACGAGCAACUGAUGUAGCCACAUAAGAAGAAGUAGGUUAUGAGCUAGUUAUCUUCUAAAAGGCUGAGGUACACAACUCUUGAAAUGCUUAUAAAGAUAUUGGAUAGCUAUAGCUGGCCAUUUUGAGGCACUCUAGACUGUGUUACUAGGUGAGAGCUGUGUUACUAUCACCAUUAUUUCAGGUCAGUGCUAUCAUCAAAACACUGACUAAUAACAUUUAACAAGUAUUGCAGUAGGCAGUCCUUAGAGGUACCAAUUAUUUCAAAACAACUUUUUGAGUUUACUCCAAGGUUAAAAUAAUUAACUAGCUAAGCAUUAUUAUUCUACUGGUCUAAGAAACAUGUAUCCUUUAUUUUCAUUCCCACUGCUAUGGCCUUUUCACAUUUCUAAUUCUCAGCUUGAUCUAUGAAUACUCUAGAAUGAUAUAAAGCAGAUAGGAAUGUAUGUGUAUAUAUUUAUUGCACACUUGCACAUCAAAUCGAUUUACAUAGUAUAAUAUGUGGUCCUUUUGUGAAACCUAGAACUCAAAGGAUUCCUUUUAUUUUUUUCUUUGGGCCUAUUCUGAGUAACUGCAGUGCUUUCUUAGGGAAAUAACAGGGCAAAGCUAUUUUUCUUUUGGCUUUGGGCUGUAUUUGUGCACUGAAUCUUUAUUCUAAAAAGAAAUAAAUGGAAACUUUUCUUUAAUUUUUUUAAAAUGAGAAUUUUCAUUUACACCUACAUUAAAAUCUUAAUGAGAAAAAUAAUUUAAAAUACUGUAUGUGUUCUGUCUUUAAUUUAUAUUAUCAAAUAUAGGACAAUAGAACUAUAGGUUUUAUACACACACACACACACACACACAUUAUUCCAAUACAGUGACUUAAAAUUUAGUUCACUUACCCUGUUAGCAUCAGGACUCAAUUCUACUUUUCCUUCAACUUGACUGAGACUCCAUAUAGCAUUUAUGAUCCUCAGAGCUGGGAGUCAUAGUAAGAUAUACUACUGAGAUUCAUUCUAUCAAGAGUAGUAGAAUUCUUAGGGUUAAGGUAAAAAGGACUAGGAGUCAGGCAUGACUACAAAGUGAACUGCGUUAUGAACCACAACUUCACAAAGUGAUGUAUUAUAAGAAAUAGAGGAGCUUAGGAUUCAUCAUUUACCUCAGGGACUCAGUAGCUACACAUGAAGACAAAACACUCCGUAUAAAAAGAUUCUAAAGGUGCUUCUGAAAGAUGUCACCAUUGGUGGACUCCCACAUAGAAGAUUAAAGGAUGAUUUUUGAACAGUGAAGUUGAUAGUUUUUCAUGUUCAGCAGUUAGUCUAAGAGACGGAGUUUCUUGGCUGAAUUAGCCGAUCAAUUAAAUAUUUUCCAGUCUCAUUCUUAAGCUCACAGAGCCACUUGGACAAAUUAUUUUUGUUCCAUUAAGUAUCUUUGGAAAAUAAUUUGUUGGAUAUAUGUAUGUACAUAUGUAGAAUUGAGACAUUUUAUGAUAAAAAUCCACCCUAAUAAGCAUUGAAUUUUGAAGCCUGAAGUUAACUGCGUAGCCUGCAGUGUUUUUCUCAGCCCUCGGCCAUUAGCACUGUAUUACUCUCAUGCUGCCUUUUCCAAUGUGCCAGGGCCCAUCUUCUUGGCCAGAGACUUCCUUAUAUAAGGUUGCACCAUAUGCCAGAAAGAAAAAUGUCAGUGAUGCAAGUAAGUUGCAAGAAUUUAAUAACAAAGCAAAACUUAAGUACUAGUUUCUGAUGGCUUGUUUUGCACCUUUCAGGAAACACCGUUUUCCUAGCUCAUGCAUAUUUCUAUAGGUAUAGAAAAGGGCUGGCAGCUAUAGAACAGGAGAUAGGCUGUAGCAGUUUGAACUGAAGUAUCUGGAAUCUCACUGACUCGUGUAUCAUCAAAGCUAAACCAGGCUUGGGUCACUGAGUUCUUGCAGAAAGCAGUGUAGUGGCCACCAUCCAGAUCACCAAAGUGGUUCUAAGGAAGGAAGGAAUGUCAGACUUAGUAUUCACAUGCAGAUAAUCUAAUGCUUGGGCAGGGGGGUAGAGUCAAGAAAUACUUUUCAUAAUUAUCCCUUAUACUAAAUUUAAAGGAAAUGAUAAUUGUGUUAAAUUGAGUCAUGCAUACAGCCUGAACUAUAUUGUUUCUCAUUUUAUGGAAGUACUUAUAUACUGUACCCAUUGACAACUAAACAGAAUCUGUGAAUGAAAUAGGACAGUACUUGACUUAAUAUUUAUCAGUUAAUACUGAGCACUUAACUACACAUAAACAAUUAAACAUCAAGUAAAGUUUAAAAAUAAGAUAGUCAUCUUUCCUAAAUGAGCUUAUAGUAUAAUUUCAAAGAUAGGCUAAAAUAGACAUGAAAAAACACAUUUAGCAUUGGAACAAGGCAUUUCUGCAGCUGCAGCCGGCUACCGUCCAGGGUGGGGCAUGCAGCGACAGCCCCCUCAAGAGCCUGUUCAUCCUUUUCCCUUUGUCUUCACUAACCCAGAGACGUCGGAGAGCCUCACUCCUCAGAAGGUGGUAUAGUGCACAGCAGGGGUUGACCAGCCACUUGUCCACAGGCAUCAUCCAGCCUGCUGCCUGUUUUUGUAUGGCCGGUGAAUUAGGAAUGCAUUCUAUAUUUUUGUAUGGUUGAAAAAAAAAAUCAAAAGUACUAUUUUGUGACAUGAAAAGCCUAUGAAAUUCAGAUUUCA